GUUGCCGUUCAUCGCGUCGGGGCAUCCAACGUGGUUUGUUCUCCCCUCUCGUAUGUUUGCGGUUGUUUUGUUUUCUUUAGAAAAACGAAAACCGGAAAGCUCUCUUUUACCAACAUGCAGCCUCCUCAGACUCCUAUGACUCCGUACGAGGAGCAUCUCACCCAGUCGUACCAGAUGCUGAACGAGCUGCGCUUUCAGUCUGCCCUGAUGUAUCGGAACACCAGCUUCUGCUUCGACCGCUGCCUUGACACGGAGGAGCUGUACACACUGCGGCGCACCACACAGGCGCCGAUCCGUUACCGCUUGCAGAUGGAUCUGGAGGAAAAGCAGUGUGUGCAGCACUGUGGUGCCAAGUGGGAGCCGCUGCUCCAGCAGAUAGUAAUGGACUCAAACGAGCACGCCAUCCAAGACGUCCAGACAAAGGCGUACCUCAAAAUGAUGCAAAUGAUGCAGCAGUGA